UGGAGCCUCAGUAGACACUGAGGCGGGAAAAUAAGCGGCGAAAGCGACAGCAACCUCAACCCUUGUUCCUUCCCCCCUUCUCGAUUGAAUUUCUAGGGUUUUCUGAUUUUGAUUGAGAAGGAAGAGGAAGGCGAUGGACGAGGCAGUGCUCGACGGCAUCAUCAGGCGCCUUCUCGAUGCGAAGCUCGGGCGAACGGCGAGGCACGUGCAGAUGACGGAGGCGGAGAUCAAGCAGCUGUGUCAAGCAUCCAAGGAUAUUUUCAUGGGCCAGCCUAAUCUCUUGGAGCUCGAAGCCCCCGUCAAAAUUUGUGGAGAUAUCCAUGGGCAAUACUCUGAUCUUCUCCGGCUAUUUGAGUAUGGUGGGUUACCUCCAGCAGCAAACUAUUUGUUUCUAGGUGAUUACGUUGAUCGUGGCAAGCAAAGCAUUGAAACCAUAUGCCUUCUUCUUGCAUACAAGAUAAAGUACCCUGAGAACUUCUUUCUCUUGAGAGGAAACCAUGAGUGUGCUUCCAUUAACCGUAUAUAUGGCUUCUAUGACGAAUGCAAGAGAAGAUUUAAUGUUCGUCUGUGGAAAGUUUUUACUGAUUGUUUUAAUUGCCUUCCUGUUGCUGCACUUAUUGACGAGAAGAUCCUCUGCAUGCACGGGGGAUUAUCUCCUGACCUGAAGAACUUGGAUCAGAUACGGAACCUUGCUCGACCGAUUGAUGUGCCUGACCAAGGCCUUCUCUGUGAUUUACUAUGGUCCGACCCUGAUAAAGAAAUCAAUGGGUGGGGGGAAAAUGAUAGAGGUGUUUCCUAUACCUUCGGUUUGGAUGUGGUGACUGAAUUCCUUAAGAAGCACAAUAUGGAUCUCAUUUGCCGAGCUCAUCAAGGUGAGCAGGUUGUGGAAGAUGGUUAUGAGUUUUUCGCUAAGCGUCAGCUUGUGACUAUAUUUUCAGCACCUAACUACUGUGGGGAGUUUGACAAUGCUGGUGCUAUGAUGAGUGUUGAUGAGACUUUAACAUGCUCCUUUCAGAUCCUUAAACCAUCUGACAAGAAAGGAAAAAUUGGAUUCGGUAACAGUAUGUCAAAACCAGGAACACCUCCAAGAAAGGGUGGGAAAGGCUGAAAGCUGUCAUUGUUAUGCUUUGGUCUUUGGUGAAUUGACGUAAAGCUUUCAUGGGAAAAAUUGGACGAAGCGGGAGAUUUCAUCAGCUCUGUUCGUCAGCUUUCUUAAUUGUCUAACCAGCACAGGGCUGUAUCAACCUAAAGGAUGCGGAAGUAUAUUUUGUCUGAACAGAAGUUGCUCCCUUUAAUUAUGUUUCAAGAAACUAGCCCGAGGUAUAAGGUGUGUUUUAUCUUUGGUAGUCAGGUUCUUGAUAAAAUCCCUCUGUUAUUGUGCUUUAAAUAUGGUAUGUAUUGGUUUGGUGUAUUGUACUUGGGUCAGUUUCAAUUGCAGGCAGUUUUUUCAUGACAGGCAUAGACCUUUUUGGUGAUCUGGGUUAGUAUUA